AUUCCAAAGGUCAUCUUCCCAGUUUCUCCACAUUGCAGGUGGAAAGAAGUGAAACGGCAUAAUGGAAACACUUAACAACUAUCUAAGUAAAUAUAAGGGCUUUGUUUUUGCAAAAGGUGAAACCACUGCGGAGUACAUCGACUCUCUUCAGCAUUUUGAGAUUCGUGACAGUGAUGUUUUUCUGGUGACAUAUCCCAAAUCAGGCACAAUAUGGACACAGAACAUAAUAAAUUUAAUUUGUGAGGAUGCCACAGACAAAACUCAAUUUCCCAACAAUCCUGAGAAGAUGCCUUGGUUAGAGUACCCUAAAGGCCGAGCGGACUACUCUUUGCGAUCGUCUCCACGGUUCUUUACCACCCAUCUCACACCCAGACUGAUGCCACCAGGCCUUAGGGGGAAGAAAGGAAAGAUCGUGUAUGUGGUCAGAAAUCCAAAAGACAAUGCCGUGUCAUAUUAUCACUUCAGCAAAGUCUGGGCCAAGCUUGAGAAAUACAAGAGCUUUGAAAACUUUCUGGAGCAGUAUCUGACAGGAAAUGUUGGCGGUUCAUCUUGGUUUGAUCAUAUCCAAGAGUGGCACAGUGAAGGAGACCAGUACAACAUACUUUUCCUGUCAUAUGAGGAUAUGGUCAUGGAUCUCAGGACAGCAGUGGAGAAAGUCUGCAAGUUCUUGGGGAAAAAUCUGGAUGACGUUGCUAUCACACAUGUUGUGGAAAAGGCAACUUUCAAAAACAUGAAGAAGGACCCAAAGGCUAACUAUGAAUUUAUUCCUAGAGAUCUACUGCUGAAGCCCCAAUUCAUGCGCAAAGGCACAAUAGGAGAUUGGAAGAACACAUUCACUGUAGCACAAAAUGAAAUGUUUGACCAGAUCUUCAAAGAAAGAAUGAAAGAUUUUCCUCUGAACUUCAUCUGGGACCUGGACAACUAAAAACAUUCAUGAGACAAAAGAACCAGCAUUUCUUGCCCCUGGACAUUAAACACCGUUUUUGUUUUUUUUUAAACAGUGUUCUCCCACAACCCCCGUAAUAAUGUGACCACUGUGUGUACUUUAUAAUCUCCUAUAUAAGCCUUAAAAUCCUGGCAUUAUGACAUUUAAAAAAGAAGAAAAAAAAACAUACAAAACUUUAAAUUGGUUUUUACAUUGCCUAAAAGUUUAGUCUUGAAGAAAUCGGAUUCAUGUUUAAAGUCAUAUUUGAACCUGAAUGAACCAUAAGUUGUUGCUGUCCUUUUCAGAAUGGUGACAUGAUGCCAACUGAAACAGAAUUUUUUUUUUUAAUUUUUGCAAUGACGAUAUUUUGUGUGUUAAUGCUCGGAACUGAAACCAAUUAUUUGCACGCAGGUUUUUAGGAUCACCCUCCUGUCAUCUCUCACUCACAGCAAACUAACGGUUGGAGGACAUGAUUAAGCAAAUUCAUCAAGACAUCAAGUUGACAUCAUCAGAAAAGGAGUGUAAUUCUACAGCAGAAACAAAUUAUCAGAUUUUGAUUAAAGAUUACCACAACAAACUUUUAACUUGAACAGAUUAAUUGUUCACUUUAAGACUAACAAUAUGCACUAACAAAAUAAAUAUGAUACAUAUUGAUUUUAUAUAGAUAUGUGACCCUGGAACACCAGUCUUUGAUUUGGUCAAGUGAGAUUUAUACAUUAUAAAAAAAAAGAAUAAGCUUAAUAUUAUGUAUAGUUUGCUAGGAUAAGGCAAUAUUUAGCUGAGAUACAACUAUUUAAAAAAGUGGGAUAUGAAGGUGCAAAACAAUAAAAUCAAUUGAGAAUUUCA